AUGAAACUCACGGGACUGGGCGUUUCGGCCGCUGUUCUCCUGGGCUUGUCCUUUGGAGCGCUGGGAUGUAAUACCGACGAUGACUGCAGUCUGAACGGCAUCUGCUCUUCGGGCGGAUCUUGUGCCUGUGACCCAGGUUGGAGAUCAGCCGACUGCAGUGAGCUGGACUUGCAACCUGUGGAGCGAUGGACCGGGUACAAUCAUACGAACGCAACCGGCACCGACUUUUACAAAGAAGGCGCUGGUAACUCAUCCUGGGGCGGCCACAUCAUCCAUGAUCGCUCGGACAAGGGCCUCUUUCAUCUCAUCAUCUCGCAGAUGUCCCAUGGCUGUGGGCUGGCAGGUUGGAGACCGUUUAGCACAGUCAUCAGAGCCGAGUCCCGGACUGGUCCUCGAGGGCCUUAUAACUACGCUCAAACGCUGUUCAGCACCUUCCAUCACAACCCAACGACGAUCUGGAGCCCCGCCGAUGAGAAGUUCCUUAUAUACUUCAUCGGGAAAGAUGUCGAAGUCGGUGACGUCUGUCGAUCGCAGAAGUGGAACAACACGAUUUCAGUUUCGAGCUCGCCGGACCUGAAGGAAUGGACAGAGCCGAUACCACAAGUCAUCAAUGUGACCAAUCCAGCACCGUGGCCACUGUGGUCCCCAGAGAACCCCACGAAAGAGAUCCUAUUGGCGGUUGAAAAGAACAACAUCUAUCACGCUGACAAUUUUUCCGCACCACACGUGUUGACCGUGGAACCACGCAACACCGAGAGGAGCGAGGACCCUUUUCUUUGGAGAGACAAGCGUGGCCAUUGGCAUAUUCUUGUCCACCACAUGAUCGACAUUGCCGAAGGAAGGAAAGGGCCCAGGGUUGGAGCACAUGCGUUCGCUCGGAAAUGGGAGGGUCCUUGGACUUACAACAAUAACACUUUGGCAUACAACACCACCGUUGAGUUUACCGAUGGAGUCAAGUUGGACUACUACCGUCGGGAGAGACCAAAGCUGUACUUCAGUGAGGAUGGCAACAUGACCCCGCUCUACUUGCUGAAUGGCGUGCAAGAGUUCAACAAGUCUGGCAGUUACACGUUGAUCCAGCCUAUUGGGAAGCAGGCGGCGGCGUACGAAGAAGCCCUCGGCUUUUGA